AUGUCGAGCAGUCGAACGAAUCGUAAAAACCCGGUCUCAGCGGCAACAAAUUUGGUUGCUGGCGGUGGAGCUGGAAUGAUGGAUGCUCUAAUAUGUUUCCCACUCGACACAAUCAAAGUCCGCAUGCAACUGGCAAGACGUACCCUCGAAGCAGGCGUGAGGAAUAAAGGCUUCGUCGCUACCGCUUAUGACAUUGCGAAGAGAGAAAACUUCAUAGGAUUCUACAGAGGAUUGGGUGCAGUCACGGCAGGCAUAAUACCGAAGAUUGGUAUUCGCUUUGCUAGCUACGACUGGUAUAGACAAGCACUCGUUGGGAAGGAGAACAUGUCAAACGCUUCCAUGAGCGCAACUUUUAUCGCUGGCCUGGCUGCUGGAGUUACUGAAGCCGUGGCUGUUGUCACGCCGAUGGAGCUGGUCAAGAUCCGAUUACAGGCACAAAAUCAUCAUACCCCUGGCAAUGUUACUCCACCGAAGUACCGCAACGCCGUGCAUGCAUUCCUCACAAUCUUGAAAGAAGAGGGGCCUUCUUCGUUAUGGCGAGGUGUAUCCUUUACAGCCCUCCGACAAGGAAGCAAUACAGCAGCGAAUUUCACCGUGUAUACUCCUCUCAAGGCUCUGGCAGAACGAAAUCGUGUCGAUCAGUCUGUACCUCUACCCUCGUAUCACAUCGCCUUCAUCGGGCUCAUUGCUGGAGCUGUUGGGCCUCUUUGCAACGCCCCCAUCGACACGAUCAAGACUCGACUGCAAAGGGCCCCGACAGAAGCCGAGCGUGCUCAGACAUCAACGCAGCGUGUGGUGACGAUUUGCAGUACCCUAUAUCGGCAAGGCGGUCUUGGGGCGUUUUGGGCCGGAAUCGUUCCUCGAGUAGCCCGCGUUGCACCAGGUCAAGCUGUGACAUUCGCUGCGUAUGAGUUUCUUAGAGAUCAGUUGGAAAAGUUGAAUUAG